AUGUACAUUCUUUACGGCGCAACCCAAUUCACCUCCUAUAGCAUGUUCAGUAAGGCAUUGACAGAGCUCGAGACAACAUACGGCUUCAACUUGCGACCUUCCAACCACCUGUUAAUUGUGGGAACCUCGGCAGGUUUGACAAGUCUUAUCGUCACCUAUCCAUUUGACCUAUUACGAACAAGAUUAGCAGCCAACUCCGAGCGCCAUUUCUUAUCCAUGACCGCAGUUAUCAAGCAAGUAAGAGCUUCUGGUGGUUUGGCAGGGCUCUAUAUGGGCGCUAAACCUACAUUACUUUCGUUGGGCUUGAAUUCUGGGUUAAUGUUCUGGACUUACGAAAUCGCUCGUGAAGUUUCGGCCCAGUAUAAGGAUAAUAUACCGUUCAUUGAAGGGUUCUGUGGCUUCUUUGCCGGUGCAUCAUCCAAGGGGAUCACUUUUCCUCUCGAUACACUUCGCAAGCGGAUGCAAAUGCGUUCAAGUAAGACGCUGAUAAUCGGGCUCGCAAGAACAAUUUUGCGGCGAGAGGGCUUAUUUGGGUUCUACAAGGGCUUUGGCAUCAGCUUGAUCAAGACAGCACCCACGAGCGCUGUUUCGUUGUUCGUGUACGAGGUGGUGCUUAACGGGAUGUAG